CCUUGUGCGGCCUGUCAGUGUGACUCGAUCCCUCGCGCCAGACGGCCGCCAUGUUGCGCUAACAACUGACGACUAAACAAACAAACCGUGCCUUAAUAUUGUGAUCAGUGUAACGUUCAAUUGGACAACAUGUGGCCGUUGUAUUUAAUUGGUGCUUUGGCGUUAGCAGCAGCUCAGAACACGGAAAGCAGCGGCGAGUUCUCGCCGGCAGUGAAGGCGACAUGUAAGACGGGCGUUAUGUCCAUCAACAUCCAGUUCAACCAACCCUUCAAUGGCAUAGCGCACGCCAGAGAGUUCAGGACGCCGGCAUGCAUGGCGACGGGUAACGGCAGCGAGUCCCUAAACUUCGACAUCAGCCUGAUGGCGACUCCCGGAUCACCAGACUACUGCGGUGUCUUCUGGAACAACCGUACGGACGAGCGGUCUCUGCCGCUGGCGGUGCGGGUUCACAGGACACUGGAGCUGGCUGACGAUAAAUUCUACGUCAUCACCUGCGGCAAGACUGGCUUCAAGAACUCUAGAAAUGAAACGUCGACAGUAUCACUACGUAUGUUGGAUGACAACGGACGCAAGGUGUUCAACGCUGCCUUCGGGUUGCACUACACACUAAAAGCUGAAAUCAGCAAAUCUGAUGGACUCCACGGGAUCAGAAUGAAAAAUUGUUUCGCGUUCAACAUGCGGAAUAAUACUGUAGAGCUUUUGGACCAAAGAGGUUGUCCUCUGAAACAGCAAGUAUCAGUAAAGAACGAGAACGGUAUGGCUGAGCUGUCGAUCUCCUCCAUCUUCCGAUUCCCGGGCUCCUCGCAAGUCAACUUCCAGUGUGAUAUUGGAGUAUGCAAGGGCAGCUGCGCGGUGGUCGACUGCACGAGCGACAGCGCGGAGCCCGGCGAUGAGGAGGGCAGCUUCACUGCCUCCACCAGUGUCUUCGUGCUCGACCCCAACGACAGCAACGUGGCGGCGCUGGCGUGCGCGGACGGCAGCGUGCGGCCGCUGUGGCUGCUGUACCUGGCCAUCGCGCUGGGCGUCAUGUUCCUCGUCAUGCUGCUCAUCAACUGCUUCCUCUGCACCGCCAUGACCUGCUCCUGCGCGAGGACUGAUGUGAUUGAGAAGGACCCAUCAGUUGUGGAAGAUUACGACCCAUAUCGCAGUUGGCACGGCAGCCAGUACGGGAGCAGAUACCCCUCAUCCACCAUACACUCAACAAGGUCUGUGUCGGACAACAGCGACCACUACGCGAUAGUGCAGUCUCGGCCGGGCAGCCGGCACUCCGGCAUGCACAGGAGUAGACACUAAAUGGUAACUUGAAAAUUAUUGGCGUCAAUAAAUCGGACUAAAUUGUUCAAAAUCUGUACUUGUAAAUACUAAGCUUUAGUUUAUUGCAGGCUUCAUUGUAAUCUGAAUCUGGUAACGGUUCAGAUGUCUAAAUUAAAUUUAAAACUAUAAUUUUUAAUCUAUUGUAAUAACAUCGAAAGAAAUUUGAUUGUAAUAUGCACCGAUUUUUUGUAUGAAUGAAUUUUAUGUGUGCCAUUUACUUCCUUUAAAGAAUAAGAGAUUUUUGUGAUUUAAAAAUCUCAAAUUAUAAUUUGUGUACUCUUGUUUUUGUAACAAAUUGUAAAACUGAAAAACGCAACGAAUCCGUCCGAAAUUAUCUCAAUGAUUACCUACUAGUUUUUAAGAAUUCAUAUUUUUGUAUUUAAUGAUAACUAAAAUAAUUAAAAGAAGGGAUUAAUAUAAUUUUAUUAAAAGAAGUUGUAAGGAACUGAGUGAUACUAAACUUAAUAUUUUAUUGUAAACAAUCUGCUUAUGUAGGAAUGUAUACAAUUUGAUCGAAGUAUUUACGUAAAUUUCUGUAACAAUUGGUACUUCAGAUACUCCAAACAAUUGCCAGAAAAGUAAAAAAAUAUUGUAUAACAAUCCUUAGAAUUGUGAUGAAAUGUUUAGUUUCCCAAUUAAUUAAUUUGAUGUAGAAUAUUGAAUGUUGACCAUAGAUAAUGAAACGGAAAUACAAAGGAGAGUUAAAUUAUUAUCAUCCAAUCUGUGUCUACAGUUUUUAGGUUAUUUUUUGUUCCAUCACAGCUAUUGCAGUGAAACUUAUGUGCGGUUUAUCCUUAGCUGGUACAGUUGGUCAGUAGCGCUCUGAUUGGACCGUUAAUUGGCAAAGAGUGAACGCUUAUAGGCGCUAUAGUGUCGCUUGCCAUUGAAACUGUCUAACUGUAAUAGCCAAGUGUGAACUGGGCCUUAUUGCAUAAAACUAACUAUAAUCUGUACCAUUAUUUUUGCGACAAAAAAAAUUAUACUUGUUCGUGGAAACUGAUGUUGGUAACUGUAUAAAAUCACAGAUUCCUUUAAUUUUAAGAUAGUGUAUUUGAUAAUUUGUUUAUCAACGUAAUGUAACCGAUUCAAUUACUUUAGAGUUCAAAAUAUAUUUUUGUAUAUAACUUUUAUAUAGCUUAUAAUAGUGUGCUCAAAUAUAGAAUGAUUUUACUGCACUAUACAAUUUAAUCAGUCAUAGUUUAUACAUGUAGUUAUGUACUUAAUUGUGUCAAUUAUAAAAUAUAUAGCUAAUUAUUAGAUAAGUACAACUUAACUUUCAAAUGAAAAGUUUGGUUUUAAUAAAACCUAUAACAUCCA